CCAGCGCGUAUGCUCACACAGACACUCGUCAUGUUGUGGACGGCUGCUCUUCUGCUGGGACUCAUCGCACUUCUGCUGGUGUACUCAAGACGCCGAAGACAAAGAAAUGAACCUCCUCUUGAUAAUGGGAUAAUCCCAUGGCUUGGCCAUGCACUCGAGUUUGGAAAAGAUGCUGCUAAAUUCCUGACACGGAUGAAACAGAAACAUGGAGACAUCUUUACGGUGUUUGUGGCCGGAAAGUACGUCACAGUUCUGUUGGAUUCAAACAGCUAUGAGACCGUCCUGAAGGAUGAGGACUCUCUGGAUGCGACCGGCUAUGCAAAGCUCCUAAUGAAGAAAAUCUUCGACCUGCAUCUGCCCAAUCACAACCCAAAAUCUGAGAGGAACAGAGCACAUGAACAUUUUCAAGGGAACGGUCUAACCCAACUGCGCAGCUCAAUGCACAACAACCUCCAGCUGCUGUUGACUUCUCCAGAAGCAGGUCUCAACACAGCCGGAUGGAAAAAAGAUGGACUAUUUAGUUUUUGUUAUGGUUUGCUUUUCAGGGCUGCCUAUCUCACUGUGUUUGGCACGCAUAACAAUAGUGCUGAGCUAACAGAAAUUUAUGAGGAGUUCCGCCGGUUCGACAAGCUUUUACCUAAACUGGCGAGAGGCACCCAGAACAAAGAGGAAACAAAAGUUGCAAACUCUGCGCAAGGGAGGCUGUGGGAACUCUUAACUCCAGCAAGCGCAGACAAAAAUGCGAAAGACCUGUCGUGGCUUCAGAGCUUCAUACAACACCUUCAGGAGGAAGGCCUGGACGAUGAGACUCAGAGGAAAGCAAUGCUUCUUCAGCUAUGGGUCACACAAGGAAACGCUGGACCAGCGGCAUUCUGGGUUGUGGGCUUCUUACUAACCCAUCCCGAAGCUCUAAGGGCAGUCAGAGAGGAAAUCAUAAGUGUACAGCAUCUGGCUCCGGGAGAGAGAGACAAACACACUCCUGUGUUUGAUAGUGUUCUUAAAGAGACACUGCGUCUAACUGCAGCUGCACUCAUCACUAGAGAAGUCAUGAGAGAUACGAAGAUUUCUUUAAGCGACGGACAGGAGUACCAACUCAGGCGGGGCGAUCGGCUGUGUGUUUUUCCAUUCCUUAGCCCUCAAAUGGACCCACAGAUCCACCAAGAGCCAGAGAUGUUCAUUUUCGAACGCUUCCUUAAUGAAAACAGGAAGGAGAAGAAGGACUUCUUUAAGGAUGGAAGAAGAGUAAAGAAUUCCAUCAUGCCUUGGGGAACAGGAGAAAACAAGUGUCCGGGAAGUGAUUUUGCAAUUAGCGCCAUUAAAGAGUUCGUGUUAACAAUCUUGAUUCAAUUUGAUCUGGAAUUGGGCGAAGAUGCAAGUAUGCCGUCGGUAGACACCAGCAGAUAUGGCUUUGGGAUGCUACAACCAAGAGGAGAUCUAGAGAUUCGCUACAGAAAGAGAUCUUGACAUGCCAAAUCUGAUACACUGUACACAUUUUUAUGAUGUAAAUACAAUUUUGAUUAAUGUCUUAUUUAUUGCAUUAAAUAUAAAUACAACA